ACUCGUUCAGUGACGACCGCCCUAAAAUUUUGACGUGGCUACUACGUAUCUCCCGUUUAUCCACUCCGAUUGCAGCAAGUUGGUGACGACGAAUACGUAACUGAAAUCAAGAAUUGUGGAAAUGACAUAAUUACAAGUAUAAAACUGGUUCUGGAAGUUUUAUUUUAUGUCAUCAACAACCAAAGUGAGCACAGAUGUGACACAAUUAAUUUCGGAAAGAUGCAAAUGGUUUACAAGACAAAAGAAUGAAAACAUAAUCGAUGAGAGGUUGUUUAGGACAUGGACGAUAUUGUGGAGGAAAAGUGUCAAGUGGAUCCUCUAGCGCCAUCUCCUGAUCAACAAACCGGAGGUGGUGUUGCAUCAUCGGUAGGCGUCUCUAAUUCCCAGCCUCAUCUGGUGACAGCAACUAACAUUGUACAGCUGACUUUACCUUCCCAUACGCAAGCACAGGUUCAAAGUGUUAUUCAACCAAAUCAACAAUCUGUAAUACAAACUGCAGCUAAUUUACAACCUAUGUUGAGUAAAGGGAACGUAAUAUUGGUUAGCAGCAAACCCAAUUCAGUUAUCCAAACGACGCAAGGAAAUUUACAGACGUUACGAGUAGUAGAAGCAGGUAGUGACGAUAGUUUUUCAGAAGAAGAAUCUCCAAAAAAACGCAGGGAUCUGUUGACGCGGCGGCCAUCGUAUAGGAAAAUCUUAAAUGAUCUUGGAGGGGGUGAGAUAGCUGAAGGAAAAAUCGAGCAAACUUCAUCCGAGGCAGAUAGUGAGUUGUCGUCUCACUCUAUCCCAUACCACACAGUUUUACCAGCAACGGCUCUCCAAAUAACUACAGGGGAAGGUGGACAUCAGGGUAUACAGACAUUAACGAUGACUAAUGCAACAGCAGGAGGAGCCAUUGUACAAUAUGCUCAAGGACAGGAAUUCUUCGUACCAGUUGUGGCGCAAACUGGUAGCCUAUCUGGAGGAGGGGGAGAAGACCAGGCGCGCAAGAGAGAAAUGCGAUUACUCAAAAAUAGAGAAGCGGCUAGGGAAUGUCGAAGGAAAAAAAAAGAGUACAUAAAGUGUCUGGAAAACAGGGUAGCGGUCCUAGAAAACCAAAACAAAGCUCUUAUCGACGAACUGAAAUCGCUAAAAGAACUGUAUUGUCAACAAAAGAGUGAAUGAGAACCUCAAUUACUUAAAAUAAGGUGAAGGACUGAGUUUAAAAAAUUGUGGGGGAUCGAAACCGAGAUGGUGGUAGGAGAGUGCAAUGUCAACAACAGUAUUGUUUUAAUUGUUUUGAGACGCGUUUUGUUGGAUUGUAUUCCAGAGUUUAUCGUCACUCAGCAAGAUGUUGGAUAAUAGUUAUCGUUUGUAUACAGGAUAAGCUCGAAUUAUCAGUCAAUAUCUUCAAUUGAAAAUUAUUUAUUGUUGUGUAUGUUUUAUAAUAUAAAAACAUUUAUAUUGUUUGGUAAGUACCGUUUACAGAAUACGGAACUCUAAGAUAAUAUAAAAUAUAUCAAGAAAACGAAUUUAUAGCACUCAAAAAAUUAGUUUGUGAACAUUUAAUAAUUAAAUCCACCCGGAAUCAACUAUGUGUGAAAACUAAUACGAUUAUACAAAUGUACCUAUUAAUUUAAUAUAAAAAUGUGGUAGUUAGUUCUCCAAAAGAGUUUGAGCAAUAUUAUCGAUAUAGUAACAUUUUUCACGUGUUUCAUUCAAUAAUAUGUUUACAACGACAAGAUUUAUUUAAUCUCUAAUUAGUCAAGCCACUGCCCUCGGACUUUUAUACGUUAUUAGAGUAAAUUUCUAUAAAUUAGUUCAUUUUUUUCAUGAUGCUUACAAUGGAUAUAAGGAAUAAGCUUGUUGGUGUCAGAUUAACCCAAAAAAAACAUGAGGACUUAUGUAACUUAAUUUUAUUUUAGAUUUAAAUGAACUGUGAACGUCGUUCUUAAAAUAGCUUGCAACCUAAUCUUCCUUCCUCAACUAAAUGAUAAAAAUACAUUUUUCAUCAAAGUUAAACAUUCAUCCAAUUAUACAUAUUAUGGACUAUAUGUGAUACCAACUUGUAAUAUUGGUAUCACAGAAGUUCAUUCUUCGACCAGUUUAUACUUUGUAAUGGAUAUAAUUGAAUGAAUGUUUAACUUUGAUUAUUACAAAAACUCUUAUCAUGUAUUUCUGAGGUUACCUUAUUUUUCUUUUACCUUAUCAAAGGUAAAAGGUAUCAAAGGAUUUCGUUUCUUCUUGUACCUAUUUCUUCCUCUAUCUUCUAUAUUUUCCCUAUUUUCGUCCCCAAUUUUUUUUGGACGAUUUAUUUCUCUGAUACCAAAUUUUGAUGGUUUCAAUUUGAUGAUUACAAAAAAACUUCAUCAUGUAAUUCUGAGGUUACCUUUUCCUUUUACAUUAUCAGAUAUCUGUUGAGAGUUUCGGUUCUUCUUGUAGCCUGAUUAAGGUUUCUCUAUCUUCUGUUUUUUGUCUUUUUUUGUCCUCAGUUCCUUUUUUUGGUCGAUUAAUUUUUCUGAUACCAAAUUUUGGUACUUUCAAUUUGAAGAUUACAAAAAAAACUUUAUCAUGUAUUUCUGACACUACCUUCUUUUUCUUUUGCCUCGUCAAAUGUCUGAUGUGGGUUCCGGUUCUUCUUAUACCCAUUCUUUCCUCUAUUUUCUGUAUUUUCCCUCUUUUUGUCCUCAGCUCCUUUUUUUUGACAAAUUAUUUCUCUGAUACCAAAUUUUUCAUUUUAUCUUGUGCCCAUAUCCCGCCUUUGCUUCUUUUUGUUCCUAGUUCCUUUAUUUGGUUGAUCCCAUUCUUUCUUCUUUUCUCCUUUUUUUAAACUAUAUUUACAAUCUUGCAUCAUUUAUCUUGUCAAUUUAUAUGUUUUUAUAUUUAUAUUUUGUCCAACCAAUUUAUCUGUUUAUUCAUUUUUUCCAUUAUCGAUUUUUUUUAAACUUUUGUAAUGUGUUCUUUAUCUUGUCAUUCUUCUAUUAUUUAUGAUAUUAAUCUAUUUAUAUUUAUGAUAUAUUGACAUUGACAGUAAUGACACAUUUUUAUUACACUAGCGACACGAUUGGCAGGUGGCAGAACUAAAUUUGUCUUGCCGAGAUUUACAUACAAGUUUACCUUCUUUUUGGUAUGUUCUGUGUAUUUAGGUAUAAAUUUGGUUAUUUCCCUUGUUUUUUUUAUUUCUCCACUUAGUCAACAAUUUGUCCUCUACAAUGAGUUGCGCCUAACCAAAUAAACAAAAUUAUUCCUUGUAUUAAACAAAUAUUGUUUCUUUAUCGAAUAUAUUGAUAAUUAUUGUAAAAAUUUUGGAUUUUGAUUUAAAUAAAAAGAAUUACCGCAUUUUUUGCUGAUCUAAUAAAUAUUUAAACUAUUUUUAUACAUUUUAUGAUAUAGCAUAAAAUUUGAUAUUGUACAUUUGGAAGCCGAAAAUUCGGAACUAUCGAGACCCCAAUUAUUCCGGAUAUUUGGAUUAAAUAUACAAGGUCUCCAAAAUAUGGAAAACUCUAUUAUCUAUUUGUUAAAAUAAUUUUUUCUUGAUUCAUUGUAAGAAAUUUAACAUUUGAGUUUUUAAAAUUAAAUUUCUAAAUCAGUUCUUUUAAUAAUGUCGAAAAUAAGGGUAGUUUACUGUUGAUCAAAACUUUUUGUUCGCUUUAGAGUUUUAAAAAACAAAUUUCUGAUGAAUAGAUGAUAAAAAAGGAUUUUAUGAUGUAGACUUUAUGAAACUCAGUGAAAUAAAAUUUUUUAAUCCCUUUUAUAACCGUGUCCAUUAUAUAUUCAUUAGUUUCUUUCCGCUAUUAUCGUUUUCAAUUUCCUCUUCACUUUUGUUGUGACUGAAGUCCUAAGAACACUGGUCAGCUCUGGAGCCCUUUUGUACUAUUUAAAUACAUUUUUAUGUUAAAUAAAAAAUCUGGCUUUUGGCUUCAGCAUUUUCGGCAUUCCACCAUAUAGGAAUGAAAGACUUAAUAUUAUAUGAUAAUUUAUCAAAAAAAUAGUGACAUACACUUUCAUGUUUUUUUUUAAGUAAUUGGUUACAUUCAAAUCAUAUUGGUAUUAGUAAAAAUAAAAAAUUAGCUCUAAAUGUACAUUCAGAGCCAAAAAUGAAUGAGUUCCUGGAUCGUUGAUAAUUUUUAUUUAUUAAAAUAUUAAACAUUUUUUAUACCUUGAAAAUAGGAUCAUAACAGAAGAUAGAAGGCUUGUGAUCACGAACUGUUGUAUUUUUUUUUAAUGAACUCGAUGUAUAUAUUUAGUGAGAUGUAUAAAGAAUCUUGCUGUUGAAAUAUUUCCAAAAAAUCGAAUAACAUUCAUAUAAACUUUAAAGAUAUAGCACGGUGUUCCUUAACCAUACUUGAACGUCUUCGAUCUACGUAUUACACUUUAACAAGAGCACUCAUGCAACGUUUUAAGCAUAUUCAGAAAAUCUGUUUUCUCAACUCCAAUCUUACUUCGAAACAAGCAUCAUCAACGUAUUUCAAACAAUUAAAUGAGUCUCUUCUCAAGAUGUCUAUUUUAUUUAGUAACUCUUUGCAUUAAUUUCCCUUGAAAGCUGGAGAGUCAUGAGUGAUCUCGCUACAUGCACUUGCCAACUUCAAAUGCCUGGAAGAGGCUCUUGUGUCAACUGGAACUUAAAUGGAAACAAAUGCAAAUCCUUUUGCAAACUUGUGGCCAAAGUUGUUCUUUGAAGACCAAGCUCCUCAACACGGCGUCGAAUUGAGGUUGUUAGAUUGUUUUGAACACUUUCUUGAGCAGCAGUAAUGUUUUCAGCCGAUCUUGCAGCACGUUGUGGUGCAUGCUUGCGCAUAUCAGCUACUGACUGUAGCUGAUAUGCGCAAGCAUUCACUACUCGAUAAAUAGUGCGUCUUGUUGGUACGUUGUUAGGGAUGGUCCGCAAGUACAGAACAUUCGUCUAGACCUACUAAAAUGGGACAAAGCUUCAUUGGCCCGACUAUAGAAAGGCGGCGCAGUGAAAAGGUUGAUAAAGACGAAUUAACUUGUUCUUUACCUUUCAACGUACUAGAUUCAUUCACAACUUUUUUAAAAUUGGUUAUGAAAGAUGCUUUGGAGUGGCAUGCAUGUUUGAUUCCUCGUUUAAUUAAAUUGAAGCAUUUACCACAUCGCUUUUUAACUGAAGACUGUCUUGUCUUACCAGCAAGCUGAUCUACUUUUUAAAUUGAUGGAAAAAUAUUUUGUCUUUUAUGAAAAUUAUUAACAUAGAAAAGGUGAAUGAAAUUUAUUUAUACAAUCAUUAAAUCAAGAAAUUUUCUAAACAAUUCAAACCCUAUCAUUUUCCAAGAGUUGGGGAAACCGAUUUUCUAAAUAGGGUUAAAACGUUACAUAUGUGUUGAAGUUUAAGUAUAUACGUAGAUUAAAGACGUUCAAGUAAUUUUCAUUUAAGUCUGGUUAAGGAACACCGUUAUAGUUUUCAUUUGGUAUUAGGUCGAAAUUAAAAAUCUUCAUCGUGUAAUUGAACUUACUAUACUAAAUUCAUGUGAGAUUAUCUAUUGGAAUGCCUUUUGGAAACUAUUGUAUAUAACAUUUACUAGUAAUUCAUUUUUAUUUUGAUGCAUAACAAAAAUUCGAUUUUUUGUAGAUAUUUCUACAGUCCCGACCUGUAGAGUGCCUUCUAGAUUAUAUAACAGUGUGCAUUUCGUAGGACUUGUACAAUUUUUGAGCAGUGCCAUUUUUAUUGUGAAAACAAAAAUUAUUUGUGUUACGAAAUUGCACUCGAUGAUUUUCAUCUUUCCAAAGAAUUAAUGUAUCGUAAUUCAUUUUUAUAUUAAUAUAUAAUCACCAGUUAAAUUAAAGCAUAAUUUCGAUUUUUCAUGAAUUUUUAGCAAAAAAUUAGUGUAUGGGGAUGAAGUGUUCCCUUGAACAUUAUACGUUGUGUGAUCCUUUGCAGUGACCUUCUCAAUGAUAAUAAUAAAAAUUAGAAAUCAUUUAUUAUUUAUCAUUGAUAACAAAACAUCACCUCAUAACUGACAUUUUUGUUACAUAACUGGUGAGGUGCGACUCGGCAAACCUCGAAUUUAAAUGACGCUGGUUGUUUAAAAAAAUAGGAAAAAAGUAUCUGGUAUCUAUUUUUGAAUAAUUUUACUCAUUAAAUUUAAAAUUGAGAUAGAAAAUCUUUGCAAUAAUAAGACACUGAGUUGAACUUCAUACAAGUGCUAGAAAAGUGAGGUUAUAACCAAAAUGACGUUAGACCAUAGACAACAAGAAAUAUUUUCGUAUUGCUAACAUAACAAUUAAAAUGUCCGCAUGCGUAUAGAAAAAAUAUUGAAACUGGUGAACUAUAUAUGGAUUUAUAUGAGGUAUAUAUGUAACUUGAAAUUAACGAUAUAUUUUAUGACUUUUGGUACAGUUUGUUGAGAUCCUUUUUUAAUUUAAAUAUUUGAAAUUCAACGAAAGAUGGAAAUCAUUUAUAACGACCGAUAAUGGUCUUUACAGAAAAAUGUUUGUACAUAUUUGUAUGUAUGUAAAUGUAUUUUUACAUAUCAAAAAAAGAAAAAAAAAAUACUUUCGCACAGCCAAAGUGAAUAUUUGUAAACCACGGUGGAACGAUAAUGGUUUUUGGAGUAAAAAAUAUGUUUCCACCCUUAUUGUUGCCUUGUUAAAUUAAUUGAAUAAAUAGAACUGAAUUGCAAGAUAAUAUUUUUUUUUAAUUAUUACAGGAGGUGAUUAAUCAUUUUAAUUAUAUGUGAAUAUACUGAUAUUUCCGUAAUCUUUAUGAUAAAUAAUGCAAUGUAUUUUUUGUUAAUAAUUAGAUUAUUAGAUAUUCAACACUUAUUCGAACAAGUCAGUUCUAUGUAUUGGAAUUUCUGAAAACAAAUAUUUCCAAUUGCUAUUUUUGGUAGUUGUCUUAAUUAGGGAAUUUGUAAAUAAGAUUAUUAUCUACUAUAUGUUUAAGUAUUAGUUGAAAUUGAUUUAUUAUUAAUAAUAAAGUGAAUAUU